AUGGACGUUUCUAUGAUGCUGUUUUGUAUCCUUACCAGCGGAAUGUUAUGGUUUCAGCGUGUUGGAAGUUAUGUGAUCGUGAAUAAAGACAGCGAUGUUUAUCCCGAGAAUCCCUUGUCGUUCGGGGAAAGAGAACUUGUUGAAAACUAUCAGGAACAGGUGCCUACUCCCCUGCAAAACUUGAUCGUGAAUAGUUCGCAGAUGAAGAACCUGCUCGAGCUGUACUACUUGGUGCAGGUGGUACGAUCCUACCGUCGGCCUGCAUACCAGGAGCUGGCGGCCAUUGCCAAUGGUCUCUUCGAGCAGCUUAUGAGAGAAGAUCUACGGGACGAGCUGGUCAACAUGCUGGCGAAUGUCGAUGGUUUCGAGGAGAUCUUUAACGUCGGCGAGUACGCCGAACCGGAUCCACUAAAGGAGCAACUAGCGAACGAUUAUCGUCUUCUUUUCCCGCUCGUGGCGAGAACGUUGAAUGAGCUUCGAAAUCCCCAAACGGAUGGCGUUGACGUUCUGCAGGGAAAACUACGGCAGGCGAUGGGCAACCUUCGUAGCAUGUUAAACAGUUUGAUGCACUUUGAAAGCGAAACGUUUGAAGAGAUUGAGAAGGAAAAUCUGAUCGACAAGGCGAUUGAGAUGACUGAAGCGAUGCCAGUUGAGAGCAAUCCAGCGCAUUUAGAGGAAACCAUCUACGUGACGGAAAUUCCGGCCGCUUCCGUGAAGGAUGUUGUGAACGAUUACGAUCUAGUAGAAACGAAGCCUUCGCAAAAGCCGAUGUACGGGAAAAUGAUAAAAGCGUUAAGUGAAAGUGGUGACGAUGAAGAGGGCACGAUUGCAUUCCUUCCUAACGGGAACGAAGUAGUUUAUGAGGUGGACCCUAACUCGGAGGAAUCAUCGCACGGGUUGGAUGAUGGGAUGGAAAACAACUCACCGGGAGUAGUUCUGCUCACCGAGGAUGCCAACAUGGAGAAAACCAACGACCCGUCGAUGGCUGUGGAAGCCCACAUACCGAAGGCAGUAUCGGUAAAGGACCCGGAAAUGGUCGCCCUUGUGCCCGUCAUCGUCGAGCAACUGCGCGUGGGAAACGUAACUCCCGAGGAAGAGCAAACCCUUGCCGAGAUCUUCGGAGAGCUGUGGCCUCUGAUGUUGGCGGAGGCGGACCGUUUGCGUGCGGAAUAA